CACCCUACGCGCGUGGGGUGGACUCCUGGGGUGGACUUUUAUUCAGCGCGUAUUUUGUAGCCUGUUCAACUUGACGUUUUGAUUCGUUACUAUCUCAAUGUCACAGAUACACAGAAUGUGAGGUGAUCAUCUUAAAGAGAAACGUCUCAGCUUUCACCUGGUGUAAAGUUUAUCUUUGUACUCAAAAUAUAGCUCGCUCAGUGUGCAAUAGAAGUUGACAAUACAAUAACCACGUCUGCGACCGGUCGUCAGAUACCGGAGUGUUGCACAAAAUUGGGUCCCUAAAUUAAAAUUCUAUGACACAGUUACCAUGCAGAAAUGUCUAGGGAAACAUUUGGUGAAAGUUUCAACUCUCUACUAUAAAAAUAGCGAUAGUUAUUGAAGAUAAACCGUGAGAAACUCCCUCUUGUCGAGAUCAACGCUCUAGGAACCUCCCUUCUGUACCACGUGACAACGAUUUGAGCGUCACGUGGCCGUCACGUGACAAAAGUGCGCGCAUCGGAUGGAGCAGUCUCGUGGGAAAUCCUGAUUGCCUGAUCGAUCUCGUGGGAAAUCCUGAUUGCUACGGAAAGGGCUGACAACCACAGUUAUUUCCCUUCCUCAAUUUUCCAGUUCACUUGCUCAGUGCUGUCAGUUGUUUUUUGUUUGCCCUGCUAUAUAAACUUCACUCCGUCAUAAUCCCCUACUCUCCUAUCCAAUGAACUGUUUCUGUUACAGCUGCCAUUCUGUUGACUGGACCCUAACUUAGUCUUAUCAUUUUCACUUGAUAACUUUAUCCGUGUGCACUUUCUCGAAACUCAACUUAUCUUUGUCAAGACUCAGCUAAUCUCAGAACUAAAUGUUGCCUUAACAGACUUACUUGUCACUGCACUGGGCCCUCCUUUAAAUGCAAAUAUCAUAUGAGCAGCUGAUCGAUUUAUUGCUUGAACUGUGCAUCCUUUUUAAAAAUAAAUAAGGUCAAUUUUACUAUCGUGAAACUUAGUCACUGAAGACAACGCAAUCUGGCUGUGCCGGUUCCCCUCUGCCUAGAUCACUUAGAAUAUCCAUAGUUAGCAAUACUUUUAUCGUUUAAUGCAGCGAUAUAGCCAGUUAUCAAUGCUACAUAGUAGAUUUUAGCCUGUUCCAAUCAUCCUUAUAUCGCGUUAAUGGAAUUUAUGAAAUUGCCUACCGUUCAAAUCGCUCUCUGUUGUUAGCACCACACUGAUUAACUACGAUGUUCCAAUUUUUUAGAAUUAUGUCCGACAUAAUUCUAAUUUUUGCUGUUACAGCAGAUAGUUAUGGUGUAAUGGCACGCAGGAAUAAGUCAUCCCUGUCCUCCAAAAAGCCCAUGAAAAGGUAUUUGGUAAGCUAUGUCUUUUCCAAUAUCAAAUCCAAUGUAUCACAAUCUGUGGACUUUCUACUCAAAAACUAGAUUGAUUAAUUGAUAAUUCAUUGCUGAUUGUUCACGCGCCCUGUAUGGAAGUAUAUAAAUGGUAAUCCGCAUACUCCAGGAAGAAUUGAAGCAAUCUCAAAAGAAAAGAAGGGAAUCUGGAUCCUUCGUCGGAUCGUCAAAGAGCUUAGAGGGGAGCUCUACGCUUCACUGGCCAUGCAAAGCAGGGAGAGUGACGGAGGCGGAGGCACUGCUGGCUGCUGGAACGGACAUUAACAAGCUGGACAGAACGCAGUUUAACCCUUUCAUGGACGCGAUCAACUCAGGACAGGUCGACUGUGCUAGAUGGCUGCUGAGGCAAGACGGUUUAAAGCUUCAGACCGAGAUAUGGUCGUUUUGUAGGGAGAGGGUGCUAGAGUCAUUGCUAACAGCUUAACAGAAGGUAGGGAGAGCGAUCCAUGGCUGUCCCGAUAGACCCACUCAGACUCCUGCCGGAAGAUACUCCUCCGGUUGAUCCAGAUGAGACAGUUCUAGCAGAUGAUCAGUUACAGACUGAAGAACAUAUCCCACAGAUCAAUGCGUCAACAUCUGCAAAUGAAGCUGAUAUCAGAAUCGACAUGAUGAUGGUACUACACGAGAUGCUCAUGGAAAAGGUCUCCGUUUGCUUUCCUCCUCCCACGAGCAGUACAAAGUGUGGGUUCAACUUUAAUCUGAUAGAAGAUAUCGUAUGCGGAACCCAAGCCCGGCCAUGUCUGUACAUAAUAACGAAAGAAACCGGUUAUGCUGCGAGGGCGUUUACCUCGAUAGAUGUUGAAAAUGCCCACAGCAUUAUAAAUCAUUUGGACCGCCGAGGGGUCCAAAACUCCUCAAUCGAAGAGCUUAGUAGACAUGCCAGCAACCUACAGAGACUUCAAAUUCUCAGGAAACCUCUCUAGGACGGAAGCUUUAUACUCCGACAUCCACAAUUUACCACGCCCCUGAGAUCGACAAAGGUCUUUCUGAUAGAUUGACUUCCAGCCAAUUCGAUCUAUCGAAGCCGAGUGGGAAGAACAAAGAACUGAAACCCCAUGGUCGCAACGAUGCUCCUCGCGGACAAGGGAGAGUUAGGGCCAUCGGUGGUCACAAGACUGGAUAAUAUUUAUUUUUUAAGCGUUGAGGUUGUCACGAAAGCGUACUGUAACGGGACUAUCAGAUUUGAGUGAUUUGAUUUUGUGAUUUGCAGUUCACGUGAUUUUAUUGUGAUUUUAGACUGUAAAAACUAUAAAGGUUCAAGUUGAACUAUCGUCGCCAUGAUUAUGUAUUUUGGAACUGUUCACGUUGAAAUUGCUUCGUUAA